AAUUUACCCCAUUUGAUUCUUCAUUUUGGACUCCUCUCUGUUGCUUAAAUGUUUAAAUAUCAUCAUUUUGCUUAAACAAACACACCCAAGUACUGAUAUGUAAAGUAAAAAGCCAUUACAAUUCUGAGUUUGAUUAUUACUGUUAAAUGGAAUUAGCUGAAAUGAAACGGUGUUGGGGAUAUAGCAUGCAGCCAUAUGAUUGGUGAGAUUUAGGUUUGCUACAUUCCCACUGCUUUCUUUGUAAUUAGAUGCCAAAGGAAUGUCUGAAAAAAGGACCAAAAGAAUGUCCAAAAUGAAGAAAUGAUAUCCCCAAAGAAAAUUGAGGACAACUUUAUCAGUUCUUUUUUCACCCAUCUGUUUUCACCCAAUCAUAGAUACAUUUGAAUAAAUAGCAAGCCAGAAAUUCUGCCUCUCAAAACUUUCCAUUUCCCAAUCAAACACCAUGGAGACUAACCCGUCCCUUCUGAGUUGCGAAAAGCAGGCACAAAAGGCCAAAUGAAUGCAACAGAAUCUCACACUACUAUUUAUUAUCUUCUCUCUCUAAGAGGCAUAAGCCAUAAAGUAAGUUUGAACUGAACUGGGUUUCUCUUUUUAAGGGUCUUUAUCCACGUCCCCUUCAAGACAAAGCAUUAUCAUAAUCAUUUGAUUCAUAUCUAACAUGAGGGUUUCUAGGCAGAGAGUAUUCCAUGACAUCAACUUCAAAUCCCCCAUGGUUAGGCCUUAUGUUCGUUCUAAAAUGCCUAGAUUAAGAUGGACCCCUGAUCUUCAUCGUUGCUUUGUUCAUGCAGUUGAACGCCUUGGUGGAGAAGAGAGGGCUACUCCAAAGAUGGUAUUGCAGAUAAUGAAUGUGAAUGGUCUCACCAUAUCUCACGUGAAAAGCCAUCUACAGGUUUGCCAUGGACAGAUGUACAGGAGCUCAAAACAGGAGCAAGUAACGUCCCAAGGAAAAAACCUCAACAAUGAUGAGGCUCCGGGAUAUCAACUUCCAGACCAUCUCCAUGGAUGUUGCUUUAUCGAUCAACAACUCGCAUGGAAAGAGAGGCAAGAGAUGACGAAUGAACAAAGAAAGUGCAAAGAGAAGAAACCAAAUUCUUACCUCAUUUUCAAGGACAUAACCAAACGGUGCACUGUUCAAGAGGAAGAUUGUUUUGGGAGUAGGUUGAAGAAGAUGCAUCAAGAUUUGAAAAAGUUGGAUGAGGAUACUAAAAGCGCAGAGAGAGUUGGUGGUGAAGAAAUUACAAUGUCACUAUGUUUGAGCAUAAGGGGUUUGCAGCCAUUGAUGAGUAAAACUGGGAAUUCUGAUGUCAAUGAGGUGUCUCUUGAGCUGAGUCUUGCUUGAUCACUGUCCCAAGUCCCACUCGCCAAUCAAUUCAAAUCAAUGUAAUCAAACGAAUGUCAUAUUAAACAUAUCAAUAAUGACUCUAUAUCAUGGAAUUAUUCUAGCAUUAUUGUAAUCAAUUUUUGGUAACAGAUCA